AUGCCAGACAAGCGUGGUUUGUCCGUACAAAAUGUAGAAGAACUGGAUGUAUCUAAAUUAACAGCUUUAUCACCGGAGGUCAUCAGUCGCCAAGCUACCAUUAACAUUGGUACUAUAGGCCAUGUCGUCCACGGGAAAACAACAGUUGUGCGUGCCAUUUCCACAGUGCAUACUAUUAGGCAUAAAAACGAAUUGAUUAGAAACAUCACAAUAAAGCUUGGAUAUGCUAAUGCUAAAAUAUACAAGUGCAACAAUGAAGCAUGCAUACGCCCUGCUUGUUACCGUUCAUUCGGAAAUGCAACAGAUGAUUCUCUUCCCUGUCCUAGACCUGGUUGCGAUGGAACACUAACACUACUAAGGCAUGUUUCGUUUGUGGAUUGUCCAGGUCAUGAUAUUUUAAUGGCAACUAUGUUAAACGGUGCUGCUGUUAUGGAUGCAGCAUUAUUGUUAAUAGCCAGCAAUGAGACAUGCCCACAGCCCCAAACAAGUGAGCACCUCGCUGCUGUAGAGAUCAUGCAGUUAAAAUACAUAAUUAUUCUUCAAAAUAAGAUUGACUUAAUCAAGGAAAGUCAAGCUCGUGAACAAUAUUCUCAGAUUUUACGUUUUAUCCAGGGUACUGUUGCUCAAGGAGCUCCAGUUGUACCCAUCUCAGCACAAUUGAAGUAUAAUAUUGAUGUUGUUUGUGAUUACAUUGUGAAUCACAUUCCGGUUCCAGUACGGGAUUUCACAUCAGCACCUCGUUUGAUUGGUGAUAAAUCAUUCGAUGUAAACAAACCUGGUUGUGAAGUGGAUGAUUUACAGGGUGGAGUAGCCGGAGGGAGCAUUUUGCGAGGUGUUCUUAAGGUUGGGCAGAAAAUAGAAAUCAGACCAGGUCUCGUCUCCAAAGAUUCUGAGACUGGAGGUGUUACAUGUAGACCCAUUAUUUCGUGUAUCGUGUCACUUUUCGCAGAGCAGAAUGAUCUUGCUUACGCUGUUCCAGGAGGUUUAAUUGGAGUUGGAACAAAAAUCGAUCCACAGUUGUGUCGCGCUGAUCGUUUGGUCGGUCACGUUUUAGGAGAGGUUCAAAAACUUUCUAAAAAUGAAGUUUUGAUGGUGAAUAUCGGGUCUCUUUCUAGUGGUGGAUGUGUUAUAGCUGUUAAAGGCGAUCUCGCUAAAAUACGACUUAAUAGCCCUGUGUGUACUCAGGUUGAUGAAAAAAUCGCACUGAGCAGGCGUGUUGAAAGACAUUGGCGAUUGAUAGGAUGGGGAGAAAUUCGACGUGGUGUCACAAUUCAACCUGUUCAGUGAAUGAUAGUAUGAAUGUGAAGAUUUGUACUUGUGUGUGCUGAUUGAUAUCCUUGGUUGUUUGUGUAACUUAAAUCUUUGUCAAAACAAAUGUUUUGUAUCUUGGACUUAACUGUUAUUUUUUCCUAGAAAUUACGAUUACCUAUUUACAGCUAUUUGUUAUGGCAAAUAAGAAAUUUAUCGAUAGCAAUUAUCGUUACCUUAAUAUCAUUCAUUGAUCUGUCAGCUCUAUUCAUAACCGCUGUGGGUUCUAGGGAGAUGGUUGAGUCCCUGAUGCCAUCAACCUAACUGCUUGUGCUCUAAUGAUUCCGAUAAAUCGUAGUUUACGCAGUUCUUCGAAAUAAAC